AAUUACCUCAUGUGAUUCUGUUUCCUUCUUUAUGAUCUGUUCGGUAACCACAAGCAUCGGCACGCAGAUAGCCACCCCGACAACGUACUCUCCUAGAGAUAAAAGGAUACGCUUGUCAAUCUAUUUGAUAGCUCCCAAUCUAUAAGAGAGCAUCGAGUUCUCUCUUCCCCUUUGCAUGCUGCUACGCAGUACUGCACCGAGUCAAAGCCAUGGAGGACCCUUCGAGCACCAAUGAUCCUCAGGCACCCAAGUUCCCGUCACCAUCGAACAUGUUCCAAAAGCUCAUGACCAACUUGGCCAUCCGCUCGACAUGGGGUGAAAUCAAUGGAGCUAUGGGCGACUUAGGCACGUACAUCCCCAUAGUCCUGGCCAUGACGCUGGCCAAGGACCUCAACCUCGGCACGACCCUGAUAUUCACCGGUGUGUACAACAUGGUCACUGGCGCUGUAUACGGUGUUCCGAUGCCGGUGCAACCCAUGAAGGCAAUCGCCGCGGCCGGGAUAUCGAGCGCUGAUUUCGGCAUCCCCGAGGUCAUGGCAGCUGGGAUUUGCACCGGCGCGAUUUUGGUCCUCCUGGGCAUCACCGGGUUGAUGCAGCUCGUUUAUAGGCUGAUCCCUCUGUCUGUUGUUAGGGGGAUUCAGCUCUCGCAAGGGCUGUCGUUUGCGAUGACUGCUGUGAAUUACAUCCGGAAAGUUCAGAACUUUUCAAAGUCGAAAGCGGCUGGGAAUAGGCACUGGUUCGGGUUGGAUGGCCUGGUGUUGGCCAUUGUUUGUGCUUGUUUCAUUGUGAUCAUCAAUGGUGCUGGUGAAGAGAAUGAAGAGAGGCAAAACAACCAAGAAUUGGGUGAUGAUAUCGAGAAUCAAAGCUCAGGUAAGAAGAAAAAAUGGAAGAGAAUCAUGGCGGCUCUUCCAUCAGCUUUCAUUAUCUUCCUGCUAGGCGUUGUCUUGGCCUUCAUUAGAGAGCCUAAAGUGGUCAGGGACAUUAAAUUUGGUCCUUCCUCUAUUGAAGUUGUGAAGAUUUCAAGGCAUGCUUGGAAAGAGGGAUUCAUUAGAGGCACAAUUCCCCAACUCCCAUUGACGAUAUUGAAUUCGGUUAUUGCGGUGUGCAAGCUGUCGUAUGAUCUCUUCCCUGAGAAGGACUUCUCUGCCGUGUCGGUAGCGGCCACAGUAGGGCUGAUGAAUCUGGUCGGGUGCUGGUUUGGGGCCAUGCCCUGCUGCCAUGGCGCUGGCGGCCUGGCGGGGCAGUACAAGUUUGGCGGCAGGAGCGGCGGCUGCGUGGCUAUCCUGGGCGUUGCUAAAUUGAUUCUUGGUUUGGUCCUUGGGAGUUCUAUAGUGAAGGUGUUGGACCAGUUCCCUGUUGGUGUGCUUGGUGUCCUGCUUUUGUUUGCAGGGAUUGAGCUGGCCAUGGCUGCUAGGGACAUGAAUUCAAAGGAGGAAGCUUUUGUGAUGCUGAUCUGCGCGGCGAUUUCUCUCGUUGGAUCUAGUGCGGCACUCGGGUUUCUUUGCGGGAUUUUGGUUCAUGUGCUGCUUAGGUUGAGGAAUUUGAGUAGUGUUCAUUCUUGCUCAACGAUAUGGAUGCAAGGAACGCCUUGAGUUAAUUCGUGCUAGAAGACAUGGUUGCAUGAAACACUUUGCUGCGUCUCAUGCACUGCAAUUCCCGAAUAAAUUACUAAAGUAUUAAUUUUUCAAGUGUUUGAUUUGAGUGUGUUUCAUGAACUUGUACUUGACUUUUCACUAUGAUUUCAUUUGCUUGCUUUU